AUGAUCAAGGGAAUCCGCCGCUCUCUCAAAGGCGAGAAGACCACGUCGUCUGGCUCGGCCAACUCGCUGGUCAGCGACAAAAACCCGCUCCACACGAACCCCCCGAAAAUGGUGAUUCGAGCACUUUACGACUACGAGCCACAAGGACCCGGCGAGCUCUCAUUUUGCAAGGGCGACUUUUUCCACGUGAUUUCCAACGAACAGGACUCGGAGUGGUUUGAGGCUUUCAACCCGCUGCGCAACGUGCGAGGCAUGGUGCCCGUGCCUUACUUUGAGGUUCUCGGCAAGAAGGAGGGUAUCACCUCGCCCGACCCAAAUGAGGCUCUUCUCCCCGAAGAACGAAAGGCGCUGCACAGAUCGAGUCAGAGCAAGCAUGCUCAGCACUCACCUCAACAUGUUCUGGCCAAUGGGCUAGACGUUUCACAGUCCAUGCAGAACCUCAGUUUAGGGGGCGCAUCUGGCUCCGGAGGCCACACCAGAGAACCCUCCAUGGCGGGCGCAUCCGACCGAUCGUCGCAGGGCAAGAGCACCCCCACUCUGCACGGCGUGGUGCUCUACGACUUCCAAGCCGAGCGGCCCGACGAGCUGCAAGCAUCCAAGGGCGAUAACAUCAUCAUUCAGGCCCAAUCCAAUCACGAGUGGUUUGUUGCCAAGCCCGUUGGCCGACUGGGAGGCCCCGGUCUGAUCCCUGCCUCGUUUAUCGAGAUCAGAGACAUAGUGACAGGAAAGGCGGUUGUCGACGUGGAGUCUGCCUUACGGGCUUCUGGCUUGCCCAAGGUGGAAGAGUGGAAAAGGAUGGCAGCAGACUACAAGGCGUCCAGCAUUGCUCUUGGCAAUUUUGACGACCCCCAGCAACACUCGCAGCAGCAGGCUCUGCAGCAUGCUCUGCGUGGACAGCAGACUCUGCAGGAACACCAGGUUCAACAGGAACACCAGACUCUGCAAGAAAGACAAUCUCUGCAGGAACAGCAGGCUCUCCGGGAACAGCAGGCUCUCCGGGAAAAUUACGCUGCCCCUGCCACUGGACCUCUCGUUGUAGCGGCGUCCGUCGAGUCGUUUGCAUUACACUCGGGUCGAUACUGGUACCUCGUCAACGCAGAGCUGGAGGACGGCUCCAUGCGGCGAUUGUGCCGAUACUACCAGGACUUCUACGUAUUCCAAAUCAACCUGCUGGGGGUGUUCGAAGAGGCUGCUGGUCACAAUGAUCAGCCUCGUCUGCUUCCUUUCAUGCCCGGGCCUCUUACCUACGUUAACGACUCCAUCUCCAUGCAGCGACGUCACAACCUUGACGAGUACGUCCGCAAGCUCAUGGCUCUUCCCGCUUAUAUUUCACGGUCUGUGAUCAUGCAGGAGCUGUUUGCUCUCCGCCCUGGUGAUGUGGCGGCCGCCGGUCCCACCGACGACCUUCCACAGCCUCUGACGCCGGAGACCGAGUCGUUUGACGCCGCUCAGGCCGAGGCGCGGGCAAAGGGCAUUCAUCCCAAAUCUCUGGGGCCGACUAAUGUGUCUUCCAGCAGCGUAAGCUAUUCGGAAGGCACCGAGGAGUCUCGGCCUGUGAGCACUGCAUCGGGUCUCAUGGGUCCUCCUGAACCCACCGGACUCCCCGGCGGCGGACACCAGCGAAUGACCUCUGUGUCCACGGUGGGUCCCACGCCCGAUAACCCCGCCGUCAAUACGCCGCAGUCGUCAUCUAACUCGGUCAAGGUGAAGGUUUUCUAUCAGGACGAUCUGAUUGCGAUUCGAGUACCCUCGGACAUCGAUUACGCUACUCUACACGACCGGUUGUGUGAGCGAUUACGGGUCGAGACGCUGAGUCUACUGUACAAGGCAGAUGACGGUAGCCGGGUGGUUAUCAGCAACGAUGAGGAUCUGGGCGCUGCAGUGUACGGAAAGAACAAGCUAGUUUUGUACGCUAGUUAA